GGCAAUCUCUAAAAACAACAUCAAAUCGUCUACUUUUGAUGAUAAACGACAACAAAAAGCGAAUUUUAUUUUUUUAAAAAAUCACUAAAACAGCAGCUGUUCCACUUUUUUGAUUGCGGGAAGGUAAACAAAAAGAACGCACCCCAAAAUUCAGAGACGUAUAUUACUCCGAAUGAAUGUGUCGACUGUCAAUUUAUUUCGAAUUAACUACUAAAUCAUAAGGAGUCAACUAUAAUCAUUUAUAUUAUUUUUUGGCAAGUCUUUAUUAAAACGUUAGAUAAUUCAGAAUGGCAUUGAAAUGGGGAAUCGCGGCUGCUGGUAAAAUAUCGCAGGACUUUGCAAAUGCCGUGAAUACGCUCAACGCCGAUGACCACGAAUUAGUUGCAGUAGCUGCUCGUGAUUUGAGCCGAGCCGAAGAAUUUGCAAAGAAGUUUGGCGUGAAAAAAGCAUACGGUAGCUAUUUAGAAUUGGCCCAAGAUCGAGACAUUGAGGUGGUUUACGUGGGUACAUUGAAUCCACAACAUUUAGAGGUCGCUACACUUAUGCUGGAGAAUGAUAAACAUGUCUUGGUCGAAAAACCAUUAUGUCUCAACGAAAAACAAGCACACAAACUCAUCACAUAUGCUGAACGAAAGAAACUCUUCCUUAUGGAAGCGAUUUGGUCACGUAUGUUCCCGAGUUAUCAAUAUGUUCGUAAGCAAAUUCAAAAUGGAAUGCUCGGAGAUAUUGUGACUGUUGAAGCUGAAUUCGGAUUCGGUGGCUUAAAUAAUAUCGACCGAUUAGCAAAAAAGGGACUUGGUGGAGGUACCGUGUUGGACUUGGGAGUUUACGUCAUUCAGUUUUGUCAAUGGGCAUUUCAACAAGUACCAAAAUCAGUAACCGCCACGGGGACGCUUAAUGAUGACGGAGUCGAUGUUGAAGUAAUGGGUGAAAUCAACUAUGGGGAUAACAAAAUUGGAAAAAUCAAAACAAGCGGCUUACAAACACUGAGCAACACAGCCACAAUUGUUGGAACAAAAGGAAAAAUCACGAUUCCAUCAUUUUGGUGCCCUACAUCCAUUAUUGACAUCGAUGGAACUGAAAAAACAUGGCCUCUACCAGAUGCCGAACAUGAAUUCAUUCAUAUCAAUAGCUGUGGCUUGAGAUACGAGGCAGAUGAGGUGCGCAAAUGCAUUCGUGGAGGCGAAAAGGAAAGUGAAAAUGUCACGCACAACGAAAGUUUGUUGAUUGCUCGCAUUCAAGAUGAAAUUCGCAAACAAAUCGGCGUCAAAUAUGCAGAAGACGACUAAACUAAUUUUUAUUGUAAUGUUCAAUAGAAUUACGCUAACUAAUACAUACUCUGAAUGCAACUCAAUUUUUUCAUUUUUUUAACAUGCAAAUAAAAAAGAAUCAAGUGCCUGAA